CUAUUUUCUCGCUCUGGCCCUGACGCGAGGUGAACCAUAGAGACGCGCCGUCGGAGACUUAGAGCGGCAGCCCCGCUCGGGAGACUCUGAUUGGCUCCCCGGCGCCGGUUGACGGGUGGAGCCAAGAUGGCGGUGCCUGAGGUGCAGCAGCUCCAAAAUCGCCUCGACGCCUUGGAAGAGCGGAUGUUCGGGGCUCCUGCGGGGGCCGCGUCCGCGGGGGGACCUCGGAAAAUAACAGACGGCUUGGGCAAAGUUCAAGGCGCUUUGGGAAACAUUGCAAGCAAGAGAGAGAGAGUUAAAAUUCUGUUCAAAAAAAUUGAAGACAUCCUGAAGUACCUGGAUCCCCAGUACAUUGACCGAAUGGCCAUGCCAGAUGCCAUGAAACUGCAGUUCAUAUUGGCAGAGAAACAGUCCAUCAUGGCGCAGGGAGCACUUCUGGAGCAGGUGAAGAGCCUACAGCCUUACUUGGACAGUGCACACAUCAAAGCUUCUUCUGACCACGCCACCAAGCUCCAGCGGCUUUCACAAAUACACCUUCAGCAGCAGGAUCAGUGCGAAGCCGUGACCGAGAACAUCCGGUUACUUCUGGAAGAUUACAACAAAAUGACUCUCCUCCUUUCCAAACAGUUUAUCCAGUGGGAUGAGAUGCUGAGCCAGCUGGAAGCCGCAAAGCAGGUGAAGCCCACACCUGAGUGAAGGCCAGGCUUCGGAGGCCUUCCGUUGAGCUCCAGGUGGAUCUCCUGCUUCAGAUGCCAGAUCUCCACGUUAACAGCUCUUGCUCUCCCGAGCUUCAUCCAGUAUCUGUGGCGCCCAGGGAUAUCCAAUCUUUAGGACUUGCAGACUUCAACUCCCUGUGGUGGCUGGGGAACUCUGGGAGUUGAAGUCCACAAGUCUUAAAAGUUGCCAAGAUUGGACACCCCUGAUUGCAUCAAUCUGGAAGCUACGUCCUAACCUGAUGGGGCUAAAUUAUAUCAUCUUUAGGAUUCAAGUUUAAUUUAUUUUCAGUCUUCAUUCAGCCAAUUCAUGGGGAAAGAACGCAUGACUUGUCAAAAUACCUCUUACUGUGGGCCAUAAUAAAAUCCUCACGAAUCCUCUG